UGUACCACUCUUGGAGCCCUGAUUAUGCCCAUGGCUUUUGAUACUGUGUAUGAAAUGACUCACUCCUGUGAAGCAGCUCUGGUCUCCACACUUUAUCUAAUAUUUGAUGUUGGUCUUUUAACAUUAAAUCAAUAUAUACUACUCGAUCCGAUUCUGCUCUUCUUCAUGACUGCGUCAAUUUGGGGAAUGACAAAGGCAUCAAGUGCUACAGAGAGAAGAAUAUCUUACACAGGCUGGUGGUGGUUUUGGUUGUUUUUCACCGGGACUAUGUUAGCUUGCACGACCAGUACAAAGUUUGUAGGACUUUUUGUAGUGAUGCUUGUAGGGUUUCAUACUAUGCAUGAACUUUGGGUAAUAUUUGGAGAUUUAAAAAAGUCAAUUACAGAGACAAUUAAACAAAUAAUCUGCCGAGCAAUAACCUUAGUUUUAUGGCCGAUCUUGCUCUAUAUGCUGUUUUUCUAUAUUCAUCUGACAGUUCUGAAUCGGAGCGGUAAUGGCGAUGGAUUUUAUAGUUCUGCUUUUCAGUCGCGAUUAAUUGGUAAUUCGUUGUAUAAUGCCAGCAUGCCUCGUGAUGUGGCAUACGGUGCGGUAUUAACAAUAAAAAAUCAUAAAACUGGAGGAGGAUACCUUCAUUCCCACUAUCAUUUGUAUCCAAAAGGCAUUGGAGCGAGACAACAACAGGUAUAAAUAACUUAUAACAUGAACGCAACCCUAGUUAUCUG